GUCCUCUUCUGCUCCCGCUGGCCUGGUCUCCGUCCCGACUACGGCGCCGUCGCUCUGGGACGAUGGGACGAGCGGGGAUACGAAGGUGGCUCGCUGGUGUAGAACGCUGCGAGAACUCAGUUGCUCACGAGCAUCCGUCGGCUGAUGAACAUGGUCCCCUGUACGUUGAACAGCGCGAGUGCCGUGCCUGCGAUGUGCCGUUACGCUCUCUUCCUCGUGGUGGCGGUUGUGGCUCUCAGCAGAGCUGACAAUGCCGAAAACGGUCUCAAGGUGGAGAAGAUGUACAUGCCUGAGGUAUGCGACGUCAGGUCGAAGAAGGGCGACCAGCUGACCAUGCACUAUACCGGCACGCUCCAGGACGGCAGCAAGUUCGACUCAAGCCUGGAUAGAGAUCAACCGUUCACCUUUCAGCUUGGUGUAGGACAAGUUAUUAAAGGUUGGGAUCAAGGUCUCCUGGAUAUGUGUGUAGGCGAGAGGAGAAGACUGACGAUACCGCCUGAGCUUGGAUAUGGCGCAAAGGGUGCUGGAAAUGUAAUUCCUGGUGGCGCUACUCUUACGUUUGAAGUCGAGCUCAUGAAUAUUAGCGAUUCGCCCCCAACCGCCAACGUCUUUAAGGAAAUCGAUGCCGACAAAGACAACCAAUUGUCUCGCGAGGAGGUGAGAGCAAUGGUGAGCGACUACUUGCGAAAACAGGUGAUAGAAGCCGAGCAAGCUGGCGCUAAUGAAAAUGAAGACGUGAAGAAAAUGCUAGCCGAUCACGACAAGCUCGUGGAGGAGAUCUUCCAGCAUGAGGAUAAGGACAAGAAUGGCUUCAUCUCCCACGACGAGUUCAGUGGGCCGAAGCAUGAUGAGCUCUGAAGUCUUCGUCCCUCAUCGUCGCGUCUCCGAGCGCCCGUUGUCGACGUCGUCGUUGCCUCAGUCGUCGACGACAUCGACGCGCCCCGCGCCACCACGUGUUCACCUCUAUAUAAAAUCACCUCUUCGAGUCCCCUCUCGGGCGUUCCCGGAGGAUCCACUGAUCGAUCGUGCCGAGUACACACGUGCUCGAACUCGCAAAACCAAGCGAAGUUAUCAGCAAACGUUUCUGAUACAGCGCCACUGAUACUGGCAUCAAAGGGAUACGCUCUUCGGGAAUCUCCGGCGCGUCGAGUCAUAUUUGUGUCCUCGAUCGCAGGAAACUUGCAGGAGUAGGUGGACAUUUUUGAUUAACAACGAAGUUCGAAAAUCCGUAAAGUAAAACUCUUCCCUGAAAAAUUCGGAAAGAAAGUCUCUGGCAGGUUUGAGAACUAUUUGCCGGUCCUAAGUAGCUUCAAGGGAUUUCCUAAUUUUUUAUAAUCCAGAUGUUCUGAAGGAUACAACUCCACUCGUUCGGAAUCACGAUUGCAUCCCGUGAGCCAUCUCAAACGCCCAUUAUUCGAAAACCUGCAGGGGGAAUCUCAACUGAUUUCCGGCGUGACCGCCUUCUCACCCUGGCACUUCUUGUUAGGAAGUUCUAUAAUCUUUGUCGCUCAAUAAUAUGCUUGUUUAGGGUAUUGGUUUUUAUCAUACAAUCUCAUUUUGAAGACCUUUAUAACAAUACAAUUAUUUCCGCAGUUAUUUAAUUUCUGUAGUUGGCUUAUGUGUUGAGCAGAAUUGUCAUUUGUUUACCAAACAAAAUUUCUGAUAAAAACAACCUUCUCGUUGCCUGGUAAAUCGUGAAAAAUGUAUAUAUAAAACCGAUGGUCCUUAAACUACUAAUAUAAAUUCCGGUUUUCUCUUUUACUAUUUUCAAUCGCUCUGAAAGUCUGCAGAGCUUCACAAAGAUCCGUAGCGAAAUUUUCGUGGAUAUUCCUAGGCAGGAAACAUUCCGGCGCAACGACGUCAUUGUACAUUUUAAUGCGAUAUAACAAAAAAAAAUACACGGAUGUCUGCUCGAAUGAUUGCACUGUAGUGGCGUGAAGUGAGAGGCUGUGUAUGUUUCGCGCUAUAUAUAUAUAUAUAUAUAUAUAUUAUAUAUAAAAAUAUAAAGAGAGAGAUUGUGAUGAUAGAGCGAGAUGAAGGUGUGACGGUAAGAAUGUUUUUUCUACAUGAUUAUAAAUGUUAGCGUAACUAAAAGGCAUCGACGUAUGGUGCUGAAAAUCACACGCAUUCUGUCCUACUCUCAAAGCUUCCACCGACCUGUCCCCAGUCAUAACGAUCCCUUGCUCGAGAGUCGCGUGCGCGCGAUAUUCACGUAGGAGACAAGAAGAGGAUGACGAAGAAAUGGAGGAAGAGGUAAUAUCCCGAGGAUGCGUAGUGGAGAUGAAUAUGGUCGCUCUUACGCGAGCAUCCCCCUAUCGUCGCAUUAUUACAUUUUAACUGAUACGUUUUUAUUACUACAUUAUAUUGUAUGUUGUUAAAGUUGGAUGAUGGUUAAUAAUAAAUCGUGUGUCUCGAGCACAGUUUGUUAUAUAA